AGAAAGAAAAAAAAACAUGGAUCCGUUUAGCAACAUGCGGAUCAUUUUUGUUUGAUACAAAGUUAUUUUUUUUUUAAAUAAGACAAAUAAACGUGGUUUUAAAGCGUUUUUUCUUGAGUUCCUGGUUUCCACGUCCGCCCUUCAAAGCUCGUCUCACAGGAAACGUCGUCAGGAUGCCUGUUCUCUGCAGCAGCUGCUCUGAAAAGCGCGCCGUGCUGAAGCGUCCGAAAACGGGCCACUCGCUGUGUAAGGAGUGCUUCUUCGGGGCGUUCGAGGAGGAGGUGCAUCAGACCAUUGUGGCAGCAAAGCUCUUCAAACCCGGGGAGACCGUCGGGGUCGCCGCCUCGGGCGGAAAGGACUCCACGGUGCUCGCGCACGUCAUGAAGCUGCUGAACGAGCGGCACGGCUACGGACUCCGGCUCAUGCUCAUCUCCGUGGACGAGGGGAUCACCGGCUACCGGGACGACUCGCUGGAGACGGUGAAGAGGAACCAGCAGCAGUACGAGCUGCCGCUGAAGAUCGUUUCGUACGAGGAGCUGUACGGCUGGACGAUGGAUGCCAUAGUCAGGCAGGUGGGACUGAAAAACAACUGCACCUUCUGCGGGGUGUUCAGGAGGCAGGCGCUGGACAGGGGAGCCAUCAUGCUGAAGGUGGACAAGAUUUGUACAGGUCACAACGCCGACGACGUGGCCGAAACGGUUUUAAUGAACGUCCUACGCGGGGACAUAGCUCGCCUGCGUCGCUGCACCGCCAUCUCCACAGCCAGCGAGGGCGACGGGGUCGUGCCCCGCUGCAAGCCCCUCAAGUACGCCUACGAGAAAGAGAUCGUCCUCUACGCCUAUUUUAAGAAGCUGGACUACUUUUCCACGGAGUGCAUAUACUCCCCCAACGCCUACCGGGGCCACGCCAGGACUUUCCUCAAGGACCUGGAGAGCAUCCGCCCCAGCUCCAUAAUGGACGUCAUCCACUCUGGCGAGAACCUGUCUGUGCGUGAGGGGGUGAAGAUGCCCGUCCAGGGAACCUGCGGCCGCUGCGGCUACAUCUCCAGCCAGGCGCUCUGCAAGUCCUGCGUGCUGCUGGAGGGGCUGAACCGCGGGCUGCCCAAACUGGGUAUAGGGAAACACCACCGCCUGCACGACAAGAUCCUCUCCCAGCAGCCGCUCACAGAAAGCGAGCAGCGAAAGCUGAAAUCGGUGGACUUUUGAUAAUCGCCGAUUAUCUGUGUAAAGAUGUAAGAUGAACUUUUAGCCGGACCAGGAAAGCACAUUAGCUGGAGUGGCAAAUAUACCUUAUACUGGUGUCAUCAAACUAUGUUACAUUAUUCUCUGCUGAUGUCUAAUUGCACACAUGAGGGGUUUAUUAUUAUUUUUGUAAUAUAUUUUGACUCAUGAAUACCCAGAAAACAUUAAUUUUUAAAUGGGUGUGCAUUUACAAACUUUUAUGGAGGUUCAUACAUCGGUCGUGGAAUAAUCUCACUUUAUUAAAACCAAGGGUUUAUUUAAUAUUUUAGAUUCUAGACAUCUUUGCUGCGUAUGUGACGGUCACCCUUGCCGUGUGUUUUAUGAUUCGUUCGGUUGGUUUUUGUUCUCCCUUUUAGAGCCUUCUGCCCCGAAACGUUCGGAGCCCACCGUGCAUCAAUACGUUCUCGCGUAGACGACCGGCCUUUUAAAUCCGUGAGAUUCGAGCUUUGUCACGACCGCUGUUAGAAAUCGGGAAAAGCCUCAACUAUAAAGAGAAAUAUGAUAUGCGUGGUUUAAGGUAAAUAGUUAUGAAAUUGCAACACGGGGGUUCAGCACAAAGGUAUGAAAUGACAACGGGGCAAACUGACCCAGAGCUGUUUGAUGACCUGAAAUAAACCCUUUUCUUGAUUUAUC